CACCGCACUGCCCCGCGAUCCACUCGCCCUCCAUCGAUUUGCAUGCAACCGACUCCGGAUCGAUCCCUCCACUGAUCGCCCAGUCAAAGAUCGCUCGGCCGGCGGCGCGGUGAUCGUCGUCGUCCUCGGAGAAGGAGGUCCUGUACGUGGCCGGCUGGGCGGCGCCAUGAUCUCGUGGCAUGAUCUGUACACGGUGCUGACGGCGAUGGUGCCGCUGUACGUGGCGAUGAUCCUGGCGUACGGCUCCGUGCGGUGGUGGGGGGUGAUCACGGCGGACCAGUGCGCCGGGAUCAACCGCUUCGUCGCCGUCUUCGCCGUCCCGCUGCUCUCCUUCAAGGUCAUCUCCGGCAGCAACCUGUACGCCAUGGACCUGCGCUUCGCCGCCGCCGACACGCUGCAGAAGCUCCUCGUCCUCGCCUCGCUCGCCGUCUGGUCCCGCCUCCCCGUCCCCUUCGCCGGCCUCGACUGGUCCAUCACGCUCUUCUCCUCCGCGACCAUGCCCAACACGCUCAUCAUGGGCAUCCCGCUCCUCGUCGCCAUGUACGGCCGCCACGCCGGCGACCUCAUGGUGCAGAUCGUCGUGCUCCAGUGCAUCAUCUGGUGCACGCUGCUGCUCUUCCUCUUCGAGUUCCGCGCCGCGCGCCUCCUCAUCUCGGGCAGGUUCCCGGCCGCCGCCGUCGCGGACGUGCGCGUCGACCCCGACGUCGUGUCGCUCGACAGCAGCCACGCCGAGGCGCAGGCCGAGGUCGCGCCCGACGGGAGCAUGCGCGUCGUCGUGCGCCGGUCCGCGGCGUCGGUCUCCCGUCGCUCCCUCCACAACGGCGCCGCGGCGGGGAUGUCGCCGCCGCGCGGGUCGAACCUGACCGGCAUAGAGAUCUACUCGGUGAGCUCGUCGCGGAACCACACGCCCAGGGGCUCCUCCAGCUUCACCCACGGCGACUUCUCCGCGACCACGGGAGGCGGGGGCGGCGCCGCGCCCGCUCUGCCGCCGCCGCCGCCGCCGCACGGCGCGGUGCGCGCGUCCAGCUUCGGCGCGGCCGACCUGUUCUCGCUGCACUCGUCGCGGCAGCACACGCCGAGGCCGUCCGCCAGCUACGACGAGCACGCGCCGCGGGGCAGAUCGGCGGCGGCCGUGGCGCCGGUGGACGACCCCAAGGACAACGUGCACAUGUUCGACUGGAGCUCCGGCGCGUCCGGCGCGUCCGAGGUGAGCGGCCUGCCGGUCUUCCGCAGCAGCACCAAGGAAAGCGGCCGCCGGCGUGCCCCCUCCGACACGACGUCCAUCAACUCCGACUCCUCCAGAUCGAACCGGCCGGGGGCGACCGGCGGCGAGCGCGUCAAGUCCGAGGCGGCCACGCAGGAGUCGCUGGAGAGGCUGGAGGCCGGCACGGAGGCGGCGGAGAAGGAGCAGGAGCAGGAUGAGACGAAGAAGGACGGCGGCGAGGUGGGAAAGCCGCCGGCGAGCGUGAUGCUGCGGCUGAUCCUGACCAUGGUGUGGCGCCGGCUGAUCCGGAACCCCAACACGUACGCCAGCGUCGUCGGCCUCGUCUGGUCACUCAUCGAGUUCCGGUACCACGUCACCAUGCCGGCGAUCGUGGCCAAGUCCAUCUCCAUCCUCUCCGACGCGGGGCUGGGGAUGGCCAUGUUCAGCCUGGGGCUGUUCAUGGCCCUGCAGCCCAAGCUCAUCGCCUGCGGCAAAUCGGCCGCGGCGUCCACCAUGGCCGUCCGCUUCCUGCUCGGCCCGGCGGUCAUGGCCGUCUCCUCCGCCGCCGUCGGCCUCCGAGGCACGCUGCUGCGCAUCGCCGUUGUCCAGGCCGCUCUGCCGCAAGGGAUCGUGCCGUUCGUCUUCGCCAAAGAGUACAACCUCCACGCCGCCAUUCUGUGCACCGGGGUCAUAUUUGGCAUGCUAAUAGCUGUUCCGAUCGUCCUCCUCUACUACAUCAUCCUUGGGCUGCUAUGACAGAUGACUCACCAUGAACGAAAUGUUCUCACAUGUCGGAGAUCAAACUGAUGUAGGGGUUCCGACGCAAGAUUGCUUCGCGGUAGCUUGAUUUCUUCUGUUAUAGCCGGCAAUGCACCGCUGAGUUUGAACUCCCCCCCUUUCACAAAUCAUAAGGAUCUGCGGCGCAUGGAACUGUUUGGCUGAGAUUAAUUGGAGUCGAAGAAAAUAUUUCGGGCACAGAAGUUUUAGCAAACUUUGGUUAUUUCCUACUGUAACAUGAAAUAAAACCUAAUGGCUAGUAUAGUUGGUUAAUUAGGGACUAGCUGUACAAAGGUGUUGUGUUUUCCAUAAAUAUUUGGCAAUUAAGACAAAGAUGAGGAAAAGUCAUGAUUGUUUUUC